UUUCCCGAUCCUGCGCGGAGUCUCGAUAAAAGAGGUCUCGUAAACACUUCACCAGGCUGUCAUGAGCAGCCUUCGGACGCGCUGCUAGCUCAAAGGCUGCACGAACAAAGGAAUGCUGCAGUGCGCGUCGCACAAUUGGUGGACAUGCGCGCCAGCCAGAAACCGUAAACAAUUCGCGAAACUGUCCCCAGCGAGCCUCUGCAUGCACGAGGAGGAGGAGGAAGAAGGAGGAGGAGGAGGGAGGAGGACGAGGAGAAGGAGGACGAGGAGGUGGUGGUGGUACUCAGCAUCUGGUCGAGUCAGCAAUGAAUCUCUCAUUGCUCGUGACCGCUGUGCGCAUAGUGAGGGCAGACCCCCUCGCGAAACUUGAGAGUCGGCACUCCCGUCACGACUAGAUUUCUAAUCGGGGAACACCUUAGAAACCGUCAGGGUCGAAAAGCCUAACGAAAUCAUCCCAGAUAGUGCGCGGUGGCACUGGAUCCCGAGAGUGAGAAGUUAAAACGUCUCAGCUCGCACACACACGCACACACACAGCACACACGGAGCGAGAGAGAAGGAAAGAGGAGACACAACACCACAGGAGGAGAGGCGAGAGGGAACAGGAAGGCGGAGGCAGGCGGAGAAACGUCACAUAGAUCAAAGAUAGGUCCCAGCCCUUAAGUCUGGCCUCUAUCACUACGUUUCCCUUUGCCCUUGCGAGGCCUACGCUUUGGUUGACUUGCAGGAGGAGCCCAGGCGCCCGAAAACUGAACUCUACCCCGUUCAGAGACACACUGCCUAGGUCCUCCAUUCACUAGAGCACUCACAGGGCCUAGCGGGUGGCUACUACUGCUACCAGCUGACCUCAGAACACUACGGGGCCUCGAGCCUACCACUUCUUGUGUUUGCCCCCCUUCAGCAUCCUGGUCAGGGAAUUCUGGAGCUUCCUCCCGGGACCCCCUCGCGGCGGCGGGCCUGGCUUCGGCUCGGACCCCAUCUUCAUGAGGCACUUGGUGAUCAGGAGGUUGGCUGGGACAAUCGACAUGUUGGGCGGAUCCCCGAUGGGCACGAACGCAUGUAUGUAGAACGAAUGACGAACUUUGGCCUCCUCCCCCUCCUUGGCGAACGUGGUCUUCGCUCGCCAAUGCUUGAUGUACUCCGCCGCCACUUCUAUCUUCUCUGUGCGGAGCCGUUCGACCAAAGACUUGAGGCCUGCAAUUUCUGCUUGAAUAUCUGGUGCUUCUUUCACUACUGUCUGCUGGACUAGGACCGUCAUCACCGCCAUGGCCACCAUAAGUGACGGGGGGCCCAGCACUACACUCGGGUUCUCUUCCACCAUUGCCAUAUAUUGCUGGGCCGCGCCGAUCGCGUGCGCGUUGAGGAUGCACUCCUUGUCCAGCAGAUGUGUGCUGAUCAGACACCCCGCUAGCGCCCUCGUGCGUUGCGUGACGUUCAUCACCUGCUUCAAGGUGGUGAUCGCCGUCUCGUCCUCCGUGUCGUAGUCCUCCUCCAUGUCCACGGGCGUGUUUGCAGCUUCUCCUUUCAUCCCAGGUGCCGCUGGGCCGUGCGACGACGCCGAUGCUCCCUUCUGCUGUUGGCCCCCCCGCCGGCGCUGUACCCGAUCCUUUCCGUAGCCACCAGCGGAGAAGGCUUCUGGAGAGUUCGCUAGUCGUUUCUUCGCUUCCAGCAGCUGUCCCUGCGAUAACGGCGUCACCCACGCUGACAUCGCUCGGAGCCUCAAAGGGAAAGUGGGCUGAGGGGUCGAAUUGCCGAUCUGAUGUGAACCUGCAGAGCCUCUAAGCU